UUCAUCAAAUGAUCAGAGUAUCCGGACAUUUUCCUGCAUAUACAAGCUUCCGCAAAUAAAAAACGUUAAUUCUAUUAAAAUCUCAUUAUAUUUUCAUUUCAAUCAACAUUUUUUCGCAUGUACAAGCUUCCAAAAACUUUAGCAAAUACCCUAUCGAAUGACCUUCACAAGUAAAUAUUAUGAGCCAAAUUCGACAAAUACCUGUACCAUCUUCAACAUAUAUAAUAACAUACUAUAGUAUAGUAUUCAACAUAGUAUAUUUGUUAUCGCUCGAGUCUUGCACUUCUUUGAACGCAUUCUUGGAUAUUCCCAAUAUCAGCGAGAAUCACAUUAUGGCGAGUGAUAGUAGACAUAUCCAUUGAGAAAAAGGAAGUUUCUGACAAUUCCUGCAAUCAUUAUUUACUAGAAAUUUUAAUUUUUAUACGCGAAAAAUUUCGAAAUGCCAAUAAAUAACAAAAACGGAUCGUCACACACGGCCUUGUUAAAUGCGAUGAUCUAGUUGUCAUGGUAAUUCGAAAAUAAAAAAAUUGAGUUUAUUUUAAUUUAUUUUUAUAUUUGUUAUAUAUAUAAAAAAUGUCCGUGCGGAAAAAUGGUCAUGCAGAAAUCAAGUUUGCGGAAAGUUUAAUGCGAAAAUAUAUAUACGGAAAUAUGUACCCCAAUCCAAAUUAUAUAUACUUAAGUAAAUGAUACAUUAAAAAAAUUUUUAAAUUUAUGUAAAUUAAUCAAUUUUACUCUAAACAAAUUUAUGUAAUAUUUGUAGUCUUUAAUAGUAGUGUAAAAAUGUUUAAUUUAUUAAUAAAUUUGAACUUUUAAGGCAUUCUGACUGCCUAAAGCCAAAGUUUAAAUAUGGGUAAACGUAGAAAAGUGAAAGUUGUGGAAGUAUAUUUGACAAUGAUUUUAAGACCAGACAUGAAACGGCUUGUCACAAUAGAAAACGUAUUAGAGUUAAGGAACCAGGGGCUCCUAAAAAUCCAUUUGUAGCUGCACUUGAAGCUUCUAAUAAGAAUUUACAAGUGGCUUCAUCAAGUUUAUUGGAAAAUGUUAACUCAAAAUUAAGUCCAACCUCCGAUGUCCAGUCAUCAAUAUCUGUUAUUGAGGCUAGUGACAAUGCACAUGUUUCUGAAAUUGAAUUUAUGGAAACCAAUGGAACUCAAAAAGAGAGCGAAUUAAAAGUCAUUAAUGAACUUAUUCAUUGUGAUUGCACUAAUCAAAGUUCAGAAACAAAUUUAGAAUAUUCAGAUUUAACAGGAAACGUCUUUGGUUGUGCUGAUUUAUAUAAUGGUAAUUCUGAAGUAGGUGACCAUUGUUGCAUUUGUCUAGAAGAGCCACUGGAGGUUUCAAUGCUUCCUUGUAAUCAUCAGAUUGGAUUAAAUUGUGCUAAUGACAAUUCUACAAAUCCAAAAAUUUUUAAAUGUCCACUUUGUAGAGAACCAAUAAUAGGAUAUCAAUUCCCAAGUGAUACAAAUGGUUUUGAUGCUGAUCUUGAUUGUUGUUGUGGCAACGAAAUAUCUCAGUUAACUCUAAAACCUUGCAAUCAUAGACUUGGAUAUGCAUGUGCAUAUAAUUUAAAUAAAGAGUUUAAAGAAGGAACAACAAAAUGUCCAAAAUGUGGUGAUUUAAUUACUAGAUUUGAAAAUUAUUUUAUUCCCUUUGAAGUAAGAAUGCAAUUAAGUCCACCCCAAUAUAACUCUUACUCUGGAACAAAUCAAGAUCAUACACUAAAUCUUCAUGUUAAUCGUCGUCGUCCAGGACGUUUGAAUACUAUUCGAAGAUUUUUACGUUUUGCGUAAUAUGCGCAACAAAUUAUUCGAUAACAAUUCAAAUAAAAAUUUUAAAAUAUUGUUCUUUUAUUAGUUAUUAUUUAAUAUUAAAAAUAAUAUAAUUUAAAA